AUGGCCAAUUUACCGGUUUCUUCACUUUUAAAACAAGGAUCAGCUGGAGGGGAAGAGUUUGAUCAAAGAAGGACGAAAGAUGACUACAGAAAGCAGAAGGAUUUGGAGGAACAACGAAAAGCAGGUACAGCUCCAGCUAUGGUUGAUAUUGAAACUGGACGUGAUAUUAAUCCGCAUAUUCCUGAGUUUAUUGAGAAAACACCGUGGUAUGUUCCACAUGAUGGUCCGACGCUUCAGGUACGUUUUUUAAUUUGUUUUUUUGAUUUUAGGUUGAAUUUGGAGGAGAAUUGUUGAUGUAGGUAUCUGGUUACGAGGUUUUGGUCGAUAUUUUGAGUUAAGCUUGGGGGUUUUUAGAACUUGUUGUUCGAUUAGGAUAAAUAAUGAGUUUAAGAUACUUUGAAAACGUUUUUUGGACGUUUUUAUGGUAUAAUAAAGUAGAAAUGUUAAGGUAUAAUAACUAAAAUAUUUAGAUCAAAAAUUAUAAUUUUGUUUCAUCAACUCAAGGUUUUAGGAUUAAAACCCAGAGAAAUAUACACUCUCCUUCUCUAAAAAUAAAAAAAAAUAUUUUAGCAUCAAAGACCACAUCCAGAGCGUGAACAGAAACGAGCAGCCUUAUCAGAAUGGAUUCAGAAAGGGACGACUGGUCGAGUGGCCAAAAAGUUCCGUAAGGGAGCUUGUGAGAACUGUGGAGCUAUGGGACACAAUAAGAAGAAUUGUUUUGAAAGGCCAAGGUCGAAAGGUGCCAAGUUUACAGAGUCCAACAUGGCUCCGGAUGACUUCUCAACUCCUAACCUGAAGUUAGAUUAUGCGGCUAAACGAGAUCGAUGGAAUGGCUUUGAUCCUGCGACAUAUAAGGAGGUUGCUGAAGACUAUGAGAAGAUGGAAGAGACUAGGAAGCUUAUUAAGAAUAAGAAUGUAAGUUGAUACAAAAUUUGUGUUAAAACUCUCUUUGUAGACUCUCAAUACAAUAAGAAGGUCAGAUCAUGUUGUUUAGGGACUUGUUUUUGAUUUAUGUUGUGUUGUGAUAAACAAAACUUUGGUUUUUUAUGAAAAAACUUUAGUUUUCAACGGUCUUUUUGUUAAAACUCAAUGUUUUAGAUCCAAGAUGGUCUGGAGCAGCCACCAGAGGUCGAAGGAGAUGAAGACCGUUACGCCGAUGACGCUGUAGCACCACAAAGUGUUGAUAUGGACUCAAGGACUCGAAUUACUGUCAGAAAUUUGCGAAUUCGAGAAGAUACGGCCAAAUAUUUGCAUAAUCUCGACCCUAAUGGACCAUAUUAUGAUCCAAAGUCCAGGUCGAUGAGGGAGAAUCCGUUUGCUGGAAGACCUGGCAAAGAGCAAGAAGCUGCCAAGUUUGCUGGAGAAAACUUUGUUCGAUAUAGUGGAGAAGUGGUACAGGCGAACAAGGCACAAGUGUUUGCAUGGGCAGCCAAAAGAAAAGGUAGGUUGGGGUUUUGGGGUCGAGUACUUGAUUUUUUUAGAUUUUGUUACCUAAAAGCAAUUUUUUUGAGAUUUAUUACCUAAAAAGGAUUUUUGAGAAUUUUGUUGCCUAAAAUAAAUUUUUUGUAAAGUAAAAUUUUUUAAAAAAUUUUUGUUACUUAAAAAUGACAUUUUAUUUUGUAGGUAUUGACGUACAUUCUCUUGCGGAACCGACCAAGCUAGAACAGUUACAACGGGAAUUCGAAAAGGAAAGCAGUGGAACUAAAAAUGAGGUCAAGAACAAACUCCUAGAGAAAUAUGGUGGAGAAGAACAUCUGAAAGCACCGCCAAAAGAAUUGCUACUAGCUCAAACUGAAAACUAUGUAGAAUAUAAUCGAAAAGGUAACCUGAUCAAAGGAGUCGAACGAGCACCAGUCAAGAGCAAGUACGAAGAAGAUGUGUAUCCAGGAAAUCAUACUUCGGUAUUUGGAAGUUGGUACAAAGAAGGCAAAUGGGGCUACAAAUGUUGUCAUAGUUUGAUGAAGAACUCGUAUUGUCUUGGGGAGAAGGGCUACGAAGUGGCGGAACAAUUUGCACAAACAGAUGCCAUUAAUCAACGUCAGAAGCUGUUCCAGAAGAAGGAGGAUCAACCUGGAACGUCUGGAGGUGAUAAAGAUGGAAAGACGAAGAAGGAAAAGGAUUCUGAAGGCAAAGGUGAUGAAAAGUUGAAAAAGGAUAAGGAUUCGGAAGAUAAGCACGAUCGAAGCCAAGAUUCAGAUUCAUCGUCAGAAUCAGGAUCUUCAUCAGAAUCAUCAACAGACUCCUCAGACUCAGAAUCAGAAGACGAUAAGAAGAAGCAAAACAAGAAAAAGACGAAAGAACAAAUAGAAAAGGAAAAAGAAGCCAAGAAGAAAGCCAAAGAAGAAAAGAAAAAGGAAAAAGAAGUGAAGAAAGCGAUGAAAAAGGUAGAGAAAGAUAAAAUCGCAGCCAUUAGAGAGAAUAAACAGGAAGAAAUGAAUGAACGAAAACGAAAGUACAACUCCCAUUACGAAGAGUUUGGGAAGAAGCCGACAGAAGUUGAGUUAGAAGCUUAUAAUCGAACAAGAAUUGAAUCCUCAGAUCCAAUGGCUUCGUUUGAACGGGAGAAGUUGGAAAAGAAGGCCAAGAAGAGCAAGAAAUAG